AGAUAGAGAGCGGUAAAGAGUCAGGAGAGGAGAGGAGAGAGCGCUGGCAAGGACUAAAGGACUACCAGCUACAAAAGAGACGCACCAAGAAGGAGGGAGGAAAGGCAUGCUGACCAAAGAAGAGCAUAAGAAACUAACUAUCUGGAAUGCCCAAAGAAGUCAUCACCUGCAGGCCAUUGGUCAGAAAGCGAGAAAUACCCUGACAGAGAUGUCCACUCAGAGUUGACUAAACUUCUAAGGAGAUCAAUAAUGAAAGAAUCCCCAGAGUUUAUUGGAUAUUGAAUUCCUGUCAACAACUUCUAUACAGAGCUCUUUUCAUCUGCCACUGCAACACUCAGAUUUAUUUUGGUAAACAAAAGCUGGAACGUCUUCCCUUUCUGUUGGAUAUAACCUUACAGAGGCUGGCUGAUGUCGUCGCUUGCCUCCAUCCCUUUCAGCUCCUCCGGGGGCUGAGCCAACCUACAGAGGAGCAUGGGCAGGAGAGUGGCAGAUCCAACUAAUCCGGUGCCUGCGCUGGGAGUUCCUCUGGCUGGGGGGCGAUGGGGUCCACUUUGCAGCAUUGGGGUGCAGACAUCUCCCAGACUGCGGACUCUACCCUCUAUCAAACAACACGGCAGCCAACAAACCACCACGCAUCAGUCCCUCACAAUGGCGACAGAACAAGCACUGGCAGCGAACACAGGAGGAGCUAUCAGAAGUGACAGCAAGAACCUGCCGGUGUCCAAAGAGACGUCUCAGAACGAAAUCAACAGCCUUACGCAGGACGACAUGGGGUCACAAGGGUCGGGCAGUGGAGUUUAUUGCCAGAUCAGGACUAUACAAACAAACCCGAAGGACAAAAAAGAUAAAAGGACAACUCGGUAUAUAAAUGGGAGUGUAGUAGCUUCAGAUUUGGUGGGAGGAGUUUGCAGUGAAUCUACAGAAAGCAAGGAGCCAGCCCAGGAAAAGAGAAGGGUGCAAUCUCUGCGAGGGGAAGGCCAUCGCUCGGUGUUAAAGACAGCAAGUGUUUGUUCAGCUGCACACGCCACCACACCUCGGCCCUGUCGAACAAUGGCAACCUCGCCGCAACGUCUAUGUGUGACGUGUGGGAGGAGACGGUCGCAGAUUACACAGUGCACAGGUGCAUGUCGCAGGAGAGCAGUCAAUCAAAUAACAGCAAGUCAAACUUUACCUAAUCCACCACGGAAAAUAUCUGUAGCCCCCACCCAGUCAAGAAAAGCCUCUGCUGCUCUGAGUUCUCAGUCUUGCUCCAAAAGCACAGACAGAGCCAACCCACUUCAGCCCACAUCAGCAAAGACUGCUCAAAUACCCCAGCUGCCCCACACCAUGCCAAAAACACACAGUUCACAGUUUAACCACACGGCACAUACUCAUAACCAAACAAAAGACUCAAAGCUGCAGACAAGGCCACAUUCAGCAGACUUUACCUGUUACAAGGACUCAGCCACACAAACAUCAGAAGCACACACACACUCCAACACAGAGAGAACGUCAGCACUCACACAAAAUGCAGAGGCGAACCAAAAACAUCCAACAGACAAGCAAAAUCACAAUGAGGGUCAAAUCCAAAAAACCGAUGAAUCAGUCUGCAACAUUUCUAAGUCUCAAAUGCCUUCCCCUCUCAGUGACUCAAAACACUCUCCUAAAACCACCCAUUCUAAACCAACCACACCUGCAGCACACACCAAAAACCAAGAGGCCACAAAGUCACCCAAGCAAUCCACAGAGCGUAUGAAAUUCAAGGACACAAAGCAGAAGAGCAAAUCGUUUGAUGACAACACUCUGCCUUGUAAGACUCAUAUGAAAGCACAAUGUAACGGGGCACCAGGAGGACUUGUAGAUGGACAGGCAGUGAAUGUGCCACCUGGGCUGGAGAGGCAGCUACAAAAUGUGGAGGAGAACCUUCUGUCCAAUCAGGAGAAGAUUAAGGUGCUUCUCAAUGUGAUUCAAGACCUGGAGAAGAGCAAAGCUUUAACCGAAGGUCGCAGCUCAUACAGAACUGGCCAAGACAUAAACAACUGCCCCACCUGCCAGAAGACAGCCUGCAUCAUUUACAGCGUGGAGCAUGAUUUCCGACAGCAGGAGGGACGCUUCCAAGGGGUGAUUGAGGCCCUCGAGGGUGAAUAUGAUGUGCCUGCCCCAACUCAGACCAAGCCCAUGCCAGCUCCAUUGUCCUCCAGCCGCCCAAGCACCAAGGCACGUGUCAAGAAACUGCGCAAGAAGUGUUUCUGGUGGCUCUAAGAGUCAUGGAAAUCACAAACACCUUUCUGGGCAGCAGGUGUAUAAGGGAAUUGAUUAUAUAUAUACGAACCAAAAUAUUCUGCUGCAGAGGAAAGCAACUUUUUCAUAUGGAUGUGCUGAGAGUUUUAUCAGAUUCAGACUGAAAUGUUCUUUCCAACAGUUUCCAUGUAAAUUGAUUUUUUUCCCUCCACAGCUGCUCAUCCUAAGGCCUGACAGAAUCUAAUGGUAACAAUGCAGAUGAAUAAACACAGAUGGAAAGGAAAAUAAACUAUAAUAGCCAUGGACAUUUUUCCUCAGCCACAGAGGAGAACCGGUUGGGAUAAUAAUAAUAAGACUUCAUGGGAUAAUUUGUCAACUAACUUGAAAUUAGAGUAAGGAUGCUGUUUUUAAACCAAAGUUGUAGAGGAUAAUUAAGAAAGACUGGGGACCUCUGAUAUCAAAUGGCUUGACUGGCUGACUGAAUGGAUGGACAGAUCAAUGGGCUGUCACAGCAAUAAGCAGAAGACUUGAUGUUAAUCCAAGGAAUUAAACAGUCUGGAAUAUUCAUUUGGAAGUUCUGAAAUGUGAAUGUAGCAACACUUGAAUCACUAGAGGCAUGUCGUCGAACACGAGCCGACGACCCAUCUGGAAACAGAGCGCUUGCUCAAUGGAUCAACGGCAUAAUGGAAAAUGCACUCAGAAUACAUUAAGAGACAAUGUGACAGGUAGUUGUUGAAAGACUGACAAGUCUGUGUCAGAUAAUUAAAAAAAAUCUGUCAACACUGGCUGACAGAGUGAUUGAUUUUCUCUCUCUUAUUUUUCAUCCAAAAUGGAAAUUUGUACUGCUCAAACUCAAUUUCUUUUCCAAGGAGUUUCACAAACUGUGCAUACAAAUCCUUGCACAGAAACGGAUUCAUGAGCACUGACUUACACCUCCAAUAAACCAACUGAAUCACAAGAAAGUUCUUCCCCACAUAUGCCUGCAUAAAGUCCAUCUUUAUUCCACUUCUGAUCCACACCAUCAAUCACUUUGCUUUUAAAACCUAUCCAGCAUUAAUAAUGUAGAACUGUCUCAUUAUUUAUUUAAUUGAAGCCAAUUUGCUGUCAUUGAUUUAAGAUUAAGAGUCAAACUAAAAGUUGAGGUCUGAAUUUUCCUGAAUUACUCAAAUUGUACAAAAGGAUUACCUGUUUAUGAAUUGAAAUGUUUCUCAAAAUUUAUGAAAAUUAUUAGGUGGUUAAACUUUCCAUGUUAAAUUUGGAGGUUGUAGGUUGUUUUUUUUUUUGACACACUUAGUAAUAAAACAGAAUCAGAAUCUACCUAGGAAGAAAUACGUAAGUAGGAAAAUCCUCAACAGCUCUGUGUUGUUUUAUCCUCUGUCAUGAAUGUAAAAACAGGGCUAUUUUUUGUCUUACACUCAGACACAUAAUUUGUACCAUGCUUGCUCCCCAGCCAUUGAGGGCAUAAUAACUAAUCUAACAAAGGCCUACUUCAGCAUCCUGUGGCUGACAAGUUGCCACCAAUUAGAAUCCUGGAUGACAGCACGCUUACUAAUUAUCCAAUCUAGAUCCAGAAUGCCCUGUCAUAGCAUUUUGAUAAUCUGUAACUUCAGUGCGUGAGCUGCAGCAAAGCCCUUUCCUCUGAUCUUCCACCUGUAUGUCCAAUAAAACGUGUAUUUUGAACAGAA